UGAAUGGAUUACAAUGUAUCUUUCAGGGAAACCUAUUAUUAUCAAUGUGACUCCACGGGGGAGUCAAUGGUGAUGAUCAGGAGGAGGAGGAUGAUGAUGAUGAGACACCUCUAAACUUGGAACAAGUUUAAGGCUUUAUAAGAGGAGAAGAAAAAAAAAAAAAAAACCACCAACAAGAUUUGUUUGAGGAAAAAUUAUAACUAUCCUGUGUUGAUAUUUUUUUUAUAAACAAUAAGAAAAAGUUGUUGGAUUUUUUUUUUUAAUGAUUUCUUUUUUGGGGGAGGGAAUUUUGUUGCAGUUUUAUGGUGGAAUAUGCAAAAACCAGAGCCAGGCGCAUAAUCUUGUAUUCUGUGGAUAUCCCUGGAGCAGAACUGAGUACCAGUUAAAAUACUUUUUUGGGGGAUACACAUGUGAGAUACUAAGUACUUGCAGAAGAUUUUUGUCUCUCUUUUUAAAGUCACUUUCCUUGGAAUAUUGUGAGCAUAUUUGUGGCCAUUUAAGGUUUGUGUGAUUUUGCUAAAAUGCAUCACCAACAGCGAAUGGCUGCCUUAGGGACGGACAAAGAGCUGAGUGAUUUACUGGAUUUCAGUGCGAUGUUUUCACCUCCUGUGAGCAGUGGGAAAAAUGGACCAACUUCUUUGGCGAGUGGACAUUUUACUGGCUCAAAUGUAGAAGACAGAAGUAGCUCAGGGUCCUGGGGGAGUGGAGGACAUCCAAGCCCGUCCAGGAACUAUGGAGAUGGGACUCCCUAUGACCACAUGACCAGCAGGGACCUUGGGUCACAUGACAAUCUCUCUCCACCUUUUGUCAAUUCCAGAAUACAAAGUAAAACAGAAAGGGGCUCCUACUCAUCAUAUGGGAGAGAAUCAAAUUUACAGGGUUGCCACCAGCAGAGUCUCCUUGGAGGUGACAUGGAUAUGGGCAACCCAGGAACCCUUUCGCCCACCAAACCUGGUUCCCAGUAUUAUCAGUAUUCUAGCAAUAACCCCCGAAGGAGGCCUCUUCACAGUAGUGCCCUGGAGGUUCAGACAAAGAAAGUUCGAAAAGUUCCUCCAGGUUUGCCAUCUUCAGUUUAUGCUCCGUCAGCCAGCACUGCCGACUACAAUAGGGACUCGCCAGGCUACCCUUCCUCGAAACCAGCAGCCAGCACUUUCCCUAGCUCCUUCUUCAUGCAAGAUGGCCAUCACAGCAGUGACCCUUGGAGCUCCUCCAGUGGGAUGAAUCAGCCUGGCUAUGGAGGAAUGUUGGGCAAUUCUUCUCAUAUUCCACAGUCUAGCAGCUACUGCAGCCUGCAUCCACAUGAACGUUUGAGCUAUCCAUCACACUCCUCAGCAGACAUCAAUUCCAGUCUUCCUCCGAUGUCCACUUUCCACCGUAGUGGUACAAACCAUUACAGCACCUCGUCCUGUACGCCUCCUGCCAACGGAACAGACAGUAUAAUGGCAAAUAGAGGAAGCGGCGCAGCAGGCAGCUCCCAGACUGGAGAUGCUCUGGGGAAAGCACUCGCUUCGAUCUAUUCUCCAGAUCACACUAACAACAGCUUUUCAUCAAACCCUUCAACUCCUGUUGGCUCCCCCCCGUCUCUCUCAGCAGGCACAGCUGUUUGGUCUAGAAAUGGAGGACAGGCUUCAUCAUCUCCUAAUUAUGAAGGACCCUUACACUCUUUGCAAAGCCGAAUUGAAGAUCGUUUAGAAAGACUGGACGAUGCUAUUCAUGUUCUCCGGAAUCAUGCCGUGGGCCCGUCCACAGCCAUGCCUGGUGGUCAUGGGGACAUGCACGGAAUCAUUGGACCGUCUCAUAAUGGAGCAAUGGGUGGUCUGGCCUCAGGGUAUGGAACCGGUCUUCUUUCUGCCAACAGACAUUCACUCAUGGUUGGGGCCCAUCGUGAAGAUGGCGUGGCCCUGAGGGGCAGCCAUUCUCUUGUCCCAAACCAGGUGCCCGUGCCACAGCUUCCUGUGCAGUCUGCAACGUCCCCUGAUUUGAACCCACCCCAGGACCCUUACAGAGGCAUGCCACCAGGAUUGCAGGGCCAGAGUGUCUCCUCCGGCAGCUCUGAGAUCAAAUCCGACGACGAGGGCGAUGAAAACCUGCAAGACACGAAAUCUUCCGAGGACAAGAAAUUAGAUGACGACAAGAAGGAUAUCAAAUCCAUUACUAGGUCAAGAUCUAGCAAUAACGAUGACGAAGACCUGACACCGGAGCAGAAAGCAGAGCGGGAGAAGGAGCGGAGGAUGGCUAACAACGCCCGCGAGCGCCUGCGGGUCCGCGACAUCAACGAGGCGUUCAAGGAGCUGGGCCGCAUGGUGCAGCUGCACCUCAAGAGUGACAAGCCCCAGACCAAGCUCCUGAUCCUCCACCAGGCCGUGGCCGUCAUCCUCAGCCUGGAGCAGCAAGUCCGAGAAAGGAAUCUGAAUCCGAAAGCUGCAUGUCUGAAAAGAAGGGAAGAGGAGAAGGUGUCCUCGGAGCCGCCCCCGCUCUCCUUGGCGGGGCCUCACCCCGGCAUGGGAGACGCGCCCAAUCACAUGGGACAGAUGUAAAAGGGUCCAAGUUGCCACAUUGCUUCAUUAAUACAAGAGACCACUUCCUUAACAGCUGUAUUAUCUUAAACCCACAUAAACACUUGUCCUUAACCCCUUUUUUUGUAAUAUAAGACAAGUCUGAGUAGUUAUGAAUCGCAGACGCAAGAGGUUUCAGCAUUCCCAAUGAUCAAAAAACCGAAAAACAAACAAAAAAAAAAAAGAAAGAAAAAAAGUGCAACUUGGGGGAUGACUCUCUUUAACAUAUCAUUCAGAAUGUUCAAAGCAGUAUGUGCAGGCUGAGACGCAGCCCAGAGACUGAAUGGCAAUCUUUCCACACUGUGGAACAAUGCAUUUGUGCCUAAACUUCUUUUGGAAAAAAAAAAAUAUAUAAUUAAUUUGUAAGUCUGAAAAAAAAUAUUUAAUUUAAAAAAAUUGUAAACUUGCAAUAAUGAAAAAGUGUACUUCUGAAGAAAACUACAUGACCGUUUUUGUUGGUAUUCAAGUCAGCUAGUGUUUAUAAUUACCGGAUAUCGAAUAAGGGAAGCUCGGCUGCCCUCGUAACAAAACCAGCAAACAUCCUGAUGACAGCGAAGUGAUGACAUUAGCCAUUCCUUAGGGUAGGAGGAACAGAUGGAUCUUAUAGACCUAUGACAAAUAUAUAUAUAAAUAUAUAUAUAAAUAUAUAUUAAAAAUUUAGUGACUAUGGUAAGCUUUUGUUCAUUUGUUUCAGACUUUUUUCUCCUGUAAAAAAAUAGUACUGAUUAACUUUUUUAAAAGAAAGAUUUUACUGUAAAUAUGGAUUUUUUUUUUUUUUUUUUGGUCUUAUUUCUGUCCCUUUCCCCGGUUUGUUCUCAUAACCUGUAGUGCCAACUCUGCUUCCGGAGGGGUAGUGCAGGAUGAAAUGCUGACCCUGAUGUUGCUUUUCAUUCAUAAAUAAGUAGAAAGUUGUUUCUUCAGUCUUUUGGGAACACAGGACUUAAAAGUCACAUCAUGUGUAGAUAUUAACAAGCAGCAUUACCAAGACAUGGCAAAAAGAGUUUGUCUGAAUUGUAAUGUUGCGUUUGUGACCCUCUUCUGGGAUUUUCAGAGGUACAAGGUUAGAAUGCUACAAUGUUACCACUGUGCCUUCCAAUGUUUAUAUCAUCGGAAACAUAACAUAAUCAAAGUGGCUGUGAUUUAACAAAAUGAUUAAAGCGUUACCUACAUGUGUAGCCAGAAGUAGUGUGCAGUGAGGUGUUUCUGAAUACAUGGUCAGAUUUUUGGAAAAAAACAAAAACAAAAAAAAAACAAGUGAAGUUCAACGACCAUCCAAUGAGAAAAUUGCAAGUAGUGUGACAGAACUGAUUGAUUUUGUUGCUUUCUUGAUUUUUUUUUUCAAAAUGGGUUUACUAAGAUGCAGAUGACUUAACUGCCUCCUCCUUCGUCUGAAAAAUAAAAUGCCAAUAUUCAAUCAUCACGCAGCGUUAUAACAAGCCUUAUAAGUCCUAAAGCAUUAAGUUGCACUUUCUUGAGGAGGGGUAGUGCAGUAUUUCUCUGGCCAGUAUGAAUGACGUUUAUACUUAACGUAUUUGAUAGAAACAUAGAUCAAGCUAUGGCACGGCAACUCAUCAGAUAGCUAGCUUUGACGUCUGGGCACAAUUGAACCAACUUCCAUCGUGAAUCUUUAUAAUGAUUGACUUUGGUGUAUAGUGCAGUAAAGAAAUAGUGCUCCUAGUUAAGUAUUUGUCAACAUCCUUUUGUCUCUAACUCAUUUCUGUUUUUACAGCCACACAAUCUUGGCAUGUAUUACGAAAAAAAUCCCUUGUUCAAGUAGUUUUUCCACCUAUCAGCACUGAGUAAAUGCCAUAAACCCAUCGAAAUGGUCUAAAUGUUCCAUCUGUUCUCCUGUUUUGCCAGUUAUAUAGUAAUGAAAUACAUUUGUAAAUUUUAUGCAACAAAUGGCAAACGUAUCAUUAUUUUGAAAUUGUGUAUGUAAAAGUUAUAUUUUUACAUGUAGACUCUUGUUAUUAUGUGUUUUAAUACAUUGUAUCGGUUUUUGUUCCUUUUUUUUUUUUUUUUAAACGGUGUGGUUUAAAACCCGUCUCAUUGAAAUGAAAUAGUGAGCUACAAGAAUCUGAAUUUUAUGUUCAUUUCUGAAAAUGUAAGAACAAAUAAGAUAGUUACCACGUGGUCAUCUUUUACAAACCCAUAAACAUUUUGAUUAGCUGUGUGUGUGUUGAAAACUGUAAAUAUGUUCAGUAGUGAUAAAACUAAAAUACUUUGUUUGAUUUGUUGAUAAGUUCCUAAAAUGUGGAGGUGGAUUAAAACCUUAGAGUAGCAGAAAUCAGACUUCAUGAAAAGUUAUUUUGAGGCUACCCUGUGAAAAUGAACGAACAAAGGGGCUCAAAGAAGGGCAUGGAAGACAAUAUUGUAUACUCUCCCCUCCUCCUGAAUAAUGGAAACUGUGUGUACUUGUACCCUCAGUAUGUUGAAGAUUUCCUUUUAGUGGUACAUUCUGCACUCAUUUUGUAUACUCUAUCAAGGCGGGUAUCCCUAGGAACAAUAUUAUAUAGGAAGCAGGUAUCCUCUGAUCACAUUCAGGAUAAGUGUAUAGAAGAAAAUAUGGUGUUUACUCUUUAGGGAACUGGAAACACUCCCUGCAUUGAUGUACAUUUUAAGAUUGGCACUUUUGAUACACGUUAUCAUCAAGGUGCUUUCAUAGAGCUGAUUUAAAGUUUUUCAAAUCUGUAAACAAAGCAAAAAAAAAUUAAAUCGUAGUUCUUGGAUUAUUUUUUAAAUUGGUGCUUUAUAUUUUGUUCUCAGUCCAACAGAGUAAAAGCUGCAAUUUAUUGUUCACCAGCUUUGAUGCAUUCAUUAAUCAGUCAUGUAAUACCUCUAUUGUGGAAUUCCCUUUGGAAAUAAGCGAAAAACUUUCUAACGGCCACCAAAAGCUGCUCACUACUUUUUGCUUGGUGGAGAAACAUCUGCACCUAUCCAUAUUCAUUGGGUUGUAUCCCCAUUAAAAAGAAGAAAAAGAUGAAAGGGAAUGUGGCCUUUUUAGUGUGUUUUUUUUUUUCUUGUUCUUUUGUAAUUAUCAAACCCAGGUAAGGUAUUGGUAUCCUGCGCUGUAUUUUCUAAUGCAAUUUAGCAGAAGACAGUUAGGAUUAAAGUACUAUACAAAAAUUUCCUAAGGGUCCAUACUACACUAUGUAUAUGGUGAUACUUAGGCUGGGGAUCUGUUUCAGAGACUUGGACUUUAAAAGCAACUUGGAAUAGUUGAUCCACCUCCACAUUCAAGUAAUUUAUGAAUAUGCAGAAUAGGGAUCUGUUCAUCUAGACAUUUUUCCCAUUUGUCUUCUGUGUAGCUGCAAGGAACACUAAUGUGUAUACAACUGUCUGUCCACCCAGUAAUGCAACUGGUUCUGAUUCAGUCUUCCGAUUCCUUUUUGUUUUUCGCUUUUUCCUAUUUCUUGAUUUUUUUUUUUUAUUUGUGAUCUUUAUUUUGAUGAGGGAUUUGGGGGGGGGCGGUGCGGGAGGGUGUUGAACCAAGACUUGGGGUUAAGAGGAUUUUCGUCUUGGAUCCAACAGGCAGAAUAUGAUCUGUGUCCAAAAGUGAACUUGAGUCAGGAAUGAAACGAUUUCAGCAUAAACAAGCACAAAAAUUUAGUCUGCUGGCUGACUGGAAACAAAAAAAAAAAAAGUCAAGAUGGCAUAUGAGGAAUUCCAACACAAUGGGGCACCAAGGCCUUUAGGCCUCUCUUUUUAUUUUGCUUUGGUUCUGUUUGUUUUUCUUUAGAGACAUGCUCUUUCUCAUGGGACUUGAAGUGGACUCAUGUUUGUGCAGUGCUGGUUUUGCCAUACUCAUUUCAAGUAUUAUAGACAUAUGUAAUGGUGAAAAUAUAUGAACUGUGGCCUUUUUCAUUCUUGUUACUUGUGAUGCAAUUAAGUGAAGAUAAGAAAAAAAAAAAAAAGCAGAGAUUUACCAUGUAUCAGUGCCUGGCUUUUUGUUAUAAAGCUUUGUUUGUCUAGUGCUCUUUUUGCUAUAAAAUAGACUGUAGUACACCCUAGUAGGAAAAAAACUAAAUUUAAAAAUAAAAAAUAUAUUUGGCUUAUUUUUCGCAGGAGCAAUCCUUUUAUACCAUGAAUAUUACAAAAAAAAUUGUCAGAUUCUGAAUAUUUCUUCUUUGUAGAUUUUUGGAAUCAUUAUGAGUAAAAGUUUGUUACUUUAUUUUACUAUUUAAAAGAUGUUAUUUUACCAUGUGUUACUGAGAUGAAACUGUAUGGUAGCUUUUUUGUUUGUUUUGUUUUGUUUUUUGUUUUUGUUUUUUUUUUUAGUUGUAGGUCGCAGCGGGGAAAUUUUUUGCGACUGUACACAUAGCUGCAGCAUUAAAAACGAAAAAAAAAUUGUUAAAAAAAGAAAAAAAGGGAAAACAUUGAAAAAAAAGAAAAAAAAGAUAAACAGUUACACCUUGUUUUCAAUGUGUGGCUGAGUGCCUCGAUUUUUUCAUGUUUUUGGUGUAUUUCUGAUUUGUAGACGUGUCUAAACAGGUUGUGUGCUGGAGUUCCUUCAAGACAAAAAUAAACCCAGCUUGGUCUAGGCCAUUACCUGUUUCCCAUCUGUAGUUAUUCGAUGAAGUCAUGUACAUGACCGUUCUGUAGCAAUAAAUGUGCCAUUUUUAUAAACUG